AUGGUUGCGUUGCUGUCGUUGUUGCGGUCCGAUUACAAGCAGCAGCAACAGCCGCAGCAGACGGGCAGCAGCAAGAAAGGUGGUCGUUCCUCGACGUCUAGCGUCGCUACCACGACGACGACGACGACGACGACGACAACGACGACGAGGGCCGCCGGCGUCGUUUUGGCUAGCAGACGAGCGAGCAACGCGGGGGACAGUAACAGCUACGACAGCGGAAACGACACAGGGCCGCGUACAUCGACACGCGAAGUGGUGUUCCCCGAUUCCUUCGAGGUGUUGCCACAACCCCGAGACCUCAGUGUUGUUUACAUGGGAGUGCCGCACGAGCAACAGCGGAAGUUUCGGUGCCGUUUUUGCGGCAAAGGUUACAGAUGGAAAAGCACGAUGCGUCGCCACGAGAUGGUCGAAUGCGGCGGGAAACCCCCGGCCUUCCAAUGUCCCGAGUGCCCUUACAAAGCGAGGCAGCGCGGCAACCUGACGGUACAUUACAAGCGGCAUCAUCAGAAGAUCGGUUACGACGAGGGCGCUUAAAAUAUGAGAACAACGGUCGAACCUCGCGGGCCACGUUGGCACGAUCGUCCUGGAAAUUCACCCAUUCCUAGC